UUCACCUAUGCUGCCCUAGGUACAGUUCAGCUUUCAGACUCGAGAGACACUCGAAGGCAAAGGGAGCUUGUGGACCGACCGCUGAAAAUUUCCCCGAAACCUUGGCGUAAUAGACACUGCUUAAUAUUUAGCAAUGGCUGUCACAUUCUACAAUCUCAGCUCAGAGUGUGGCCUGAAGAAGCUCGACGAUUACCUCCUUUCACAUAGUUACAUCACGGGGUACCAAGCUUCAAAGGAUGAUAUCACAGUGCAUGCAACUCUUUCAAAACCUCCACCAGCUAAAUACGUGAAUGUGUCUCGGUGGUUUCACCACAUUGAUGCACUUUUGAGGAUUUCUGGUGUUUGUGGUGAAGGUUGCGGUGUCACUGUAGAGGGUUCAGCUCCUGUCACUGAGAAUGCUGUUGCAACUCCGGCUACUGUUGACACUAAGGCCUCAGUUGCUGAGGAUGACGAUGAUGAUGAUGUGGAUCUCUUUGGUGAAGAGACUGAAGAGGAAAAGAAAGCUGCUGAGGAACGUGCAUCUGCCAUGAAGGCAUCUGGAAAAAAGAAAGAAUCUGGAAAGUCGUCAAUUCUGUUGGAUGUGAAGCCAUGGGAUGAUGAGACUGACAUGCAAAUGCUUGAGAAAGCUGUUAGAGGUGUUCAGAUGGAAGGAUUGACUUGGGGAGCUUCCAAACUUGUACCUGUUGGAUAUGGUAUAAAGAAAUUGCAGAUUAUGAUGACCAUUGUGGAUGACUUGGUGUCUGUUGACAGUCUCAUCGAAGAACGUCUUACGGUUGAGCCAGUUGAUGAGUUUGUCCAGAGCUGCGAUAUUGUGGCCUUCAAUAAAAUAUAAACUGGGAGUUUGUUGGACUUGCUGGAAAUGCAUGCAGGAGAGGUUCGUGCUAGUGAAGAUUCUGUUCUGCGCAUGGCUGAUUUUAAGUUACAAAUAGUCACUAUAUUCCUAUGUUUUCUUUCUCCAUGGCUUCUUCGCUAUUAGGGUUAUCAAUUACACCAUUUUGCAUGAUGAUCUAAAUGGAUGCUUUUUAAAGUGAUUGUACUGAUAUGAUCGCUGCUUAUUCUCCAGUCAUUUGCAAUGAGGAAUGGAUUAGGUUUUUGCAGCUUGAAUAUGGUUUGGGUUUUUGCUUUUAUUUGGAAUAUUACUAGUGCUAGUGAUUGAAGUUCAGUAUGGCUGGAUUAUAAUAUAAUCUUGUCUGCAUGGUCUCCUGCUAAUCCAGAGUGUUUUGCUUACUA